AAGAGAAAAAGCAAAAGCUAGAUCAGCAGCAAGGAGUAUAAAGAAGGUGGAGUGAUCUAGACUUGUUCUUCUAAGACUCUACUAAGACGUCUAAGCUCUCCUUUCAAAAAAUCUCACUAUCCAUUUUCAGCUCAAGCCUACAAAACCAGGGUGGUAGUUCUCGUUUCCUCUAAGCACAAGAGAGGAAAGUAACCAGCUUUUCUGUGAGGCUUAAAGCUUUAGGAUUUGUGACAAAGAGAGAGGUGGGGGUGGUGUAAGGGGGAGAGAAAACAUAAGAAAAAACUAAGGAAAGGGAGAAGUUUGGUCCUGAAAACACACAGGUUUCUUUCAAAGGGGGUGGUGUGGGGGUGGGAUUUAGCUAAGUUAUGCGCUCAGGAGCUUGUACGGUCCAGCAGACCCUCACAACAGAGGCUGCUUCAGUAUUGAAGCACUCUCUUAGCUUGGCAAGGAGGGGAGGCCAUGCUCAGGUCACUCCUUUGCAUGUAGCUGCAACCUUGCUGAGCUCAAGAACUAGUCUUUUGAGAAGGGCUUGUCUUAAAUCACAGCCUCAUCAGACUUCGCAUCCUCUCCAAUGCAGAGCUCUUGAGCUUUGCUUUAAUGUUGCACUCAACAGACUCCCAACAACUCCUGGUCCUUUACUUCAUGGCCAGCCAUCUUUGUCCAAUGCUUUGAUUGCAGCCCUCAAAAGAGCACAAGCACAUCAAAGAAGAGGUUGCAUAGAGCAGCAACAACAACAACCUCUUUUGACUAUUAAGGUUGAGCUUGAACAACUUAUCGUAUCCAUCUUAGAUGACCCUAGUGUUAGUAGGGUUAUGAGAGAGGCUGGGUUCUCUAGCACUGCAGUCAAAAACAAUAUAGAGGACUCUUCAGCUUCUUCUGUGUUUCAGUGUUAUAGUACUUCUGGUGGGGUUUUCUCUUCACCUUGUUCACCUUCUACUGAAACUCAAAGAGAAGUCAUUAACCCUACUACCUUUUGGCAAAGCCAUUUCUUGACUUACUCUUCUGAGCAAAACCCAGCUCUUUUUUCAGCGCAAAAGAAAGUUUCAAACAACUAUUUCACAGAUUCUGGUUCGGUGAAGGAAGAUAUCAAGUUGGUUUUGGAGGUUUUAUUGAGAAAGAAUGGAAAGAAUGUUGUGAUAGUUGGUGACUGUGUGUCUGUAACUGAAGGUCUUAUUGGAGAGUUGAUGGGAAGGUUAGAAAGAGGAGAGGUUCCAAUGCAAUUGAAACAAACUCAGUUUAUCAAGUUUCAGUUUGCACCAAUUUCUUUGAAGUUCAUGAAGAAACAAGAUGUGGAAAUGAAUCUCUCAGAACUGAAAAGAAAAGUGGAUUCUCUUGGUGAAAGUGGGGCCAUUAUCUAUACAGGAGACCUGAAAUGGACUGUUGAAGAAACUUUUGUUAAUGGAGAGGUAUCUGUUUAUAGUCCAGUUGAUCAUCUAGUCAGAGAAAUCGGAAGGCUACUCUCUGAAUAUAGUAGCCCAAACAGAAAAAUAUGGUUAAUGGCAACUGCAAGUUACCAAACAUAUAUGAAGUGUCAGAUGAGACAACCUUCUCUUGAGACUCAAUGGGCACUUCAAGCUGUCUCAGUUCCUUCAGGUGGACUUGGUUUGAGCCUCCAUCCAUCCAGCAUCCAUGAUUCAAGGAUAAAGUUCUCCCAUAACCCAUCUCUAGUCCUGGAAACAAAGCCAUUCAUUAUUGAUGGCAAGGAGGAAGAGGAUAGAUUCACUUGCUGUCCAGAAUGCAACUCUAAUUAUGAGAAAGAAGUUCAUUCACUCAAAUCAGGACAACAGAAACAUUUGCCUCCUUGGCUUCAGCCACAAGGCACAAAUUCCAUUCAAAAGGAUGAAUUUGUUGAGUUGAGGAGAAAAUGGAACAGAUUGUGCCACAGCCUACACCACCAGGGAAGACAGAGCAACUUGAACUCAACUUUGUAUACCAAUCAAAGCCUGCUUGGAAAAAAUUUCUCAUUUGCUUCAUCAUAUCCUUGGUGGCCAAGCCAAAACAGCUUCUUCCCAGAUUCAAAUUCAAUCUCCUUCGGAGAUUCAGCUUUGAAGCCUAACUACAGCUCCAGUUGUGUGCCUAAAUUUAGAAGACAACAGUCGUGCCAUGUUGAGUUCAACUUCGUUAAUGGUACUCAGAAGAAUGAACCAGGUGAACCAAACUUGGAUUCUCUGAAGAAUACUGAAGGCAAGGAAGUAAAAAUCACCCUUGCACUUGGGAAUUCUUUGUUUUCUGAUAUAGGCAAACUGGAGAAGGGGAGAAAUGGUCAUUUGUGCAAGUUGCUGAAAGAGAAUGUGCCUUGGCAAUCUGAAUCCAUUCCUUCAAUAGUGGAUGCUUUGGUUGAAUCCAAGUCAAAUGAAAAAGACACCUGGUUACUGAUUCAAGGGAAUGACACGUUGGGAAAGAGAAGAUUGGCACUCGCAAUUGCUGAGUCUGUGUUAGGCUCUGCUGAUUUGUUGCUACACUUGAACAUGAGGAAAAGGGAUAAUGAGGUGACCUCAUAUUCCGAGAUGCUUGCAAGAGCCUUAAGAAACCAAGAAAAACUUGUUGUUUUUGUGGAAGAUGCUGAUUUGGCUGAGACGCGGUUCUUGAAAUUCCUUGCUGAUGGAUUUGAAAGUGGAAAAUUUGGAGAAUCAAGUAAUAGAAGAGAGGGAAAUGCCAGCCAAGUAAUCUUUAUUUUGACUAGGGGUGACUCCAUCAUUUAUGAAGACAGGAAGAUGGAUGAUUCUGUUAUCCAGAUGACACUGAAGGUGAAUGAAAUAAGAAAUGCUAGUUUUGGAACACCCAACAUUGACCACAAGAGAAAAGCUGAGUGGGAGAUUUCAGGCAAGUCUAAGUCUCCAAGAGUCGAUGAAAAGGAAAAUGCAUCUUGGUUUCCUGAUGAGAAUGGAAACAAGAAGAAAGACUUCUCAAGGCAGUCAAGUUUCAACACCCUUGAUCUCAACCUGAAGGCCGAUGAGGAUGACAAAAGCGAGGGAAAACCAGGGGAAUUCAGCCCCAUUUCAAGUGAUCUGACUCGUGAGACCUCAUCUGAUCAGCUUAGUCCAAAGGGGCUUCUUGAUAUGAUCAAGAACCGUUUUGUUUUCGAUCGAAAUCAGACUCACGGUAUAGAGAUGACAGAGGUUUUGUCAUCCAAGAUCAAGAGAAACGUUAAUGAGGUUUUUGGGGAUCAAAAUGGGGUAUACUUUAGCAUUGAAGAGAGGGUAUUAGGGGAGGUAUUAGAAGGUUCGGGUUCUUUUGUGAAUAGUCAGUUUGAGAAAUGGCUAAAAGGCAUCUUUCAAACAAGCUUGAAAACAGUUAAAUUGGGUGGGAAAGAAGAGGGUAUAGGUGUUAGGCUUUGUUUUGGAUUCACUAGUGAUAGAGUUUUUGAGGAUGGGUUCAUGGGUACAUGUCUCCCCAAGAAAAUCCAAGUCUCUUUCAUGGACUGACUGGCUAGCUAGUCUCUUUUGUAAAAUCCAUCAUCAAAUGACAUUGCAUCACAAUGUCCUUGUGUAACUUCUAAUUUUCUUAAUAGGAUGUGUUUUGUUUCUUUUUCU